CAGAAGUGAGCUGCAACUGAAAAGUUGAGUUCCCAAAGCAUUGAGACACUGUUGCAUCAGUUCUUUCUGGGAUCUGUAGAGUUAAAAAUAGAAAAUUGUCUGUUGCUAAAAUUAACUUCUGAUGUUGCCAUACGAUUUCAUUCACAACAGCCAGCGUCGUGUUUUGAGCCUAUAAGUACCAAGCCAAAGAGCGCGGACAAGGCAAAGGAUUAGUGUUGUUGCAAGAAGAACGAGGUUUGAGGUAGAAAACAGUGCCAAAAGAGAAGUGAAAUCCCACUAGCCGCAAUGCAGUCUGGAUAGAUCAUGGAUUAUGUGCGUCAAUAAUGCAACAAUUUGGACUCGUGUUUUUUUCAAUAUGUGAAUGUGACUAAGAUAGUCGCGAGUAACGGCGAGCGGGCUAACCAUGUACAGACCCUAAGCACUCCUUCGGUAUGAAUAAGAAUCUAAACUGAUGGUCUGACUAAAGCACGGUGGCUUGUUCAGUUGGAUUGACAAAAUGUGAUUCAAAUGUGCGCGAAAGCGAAGGCUGCCUGUUUUCAGUGAAUACUACAUCUGCCCGAAUCUUUGGGAGAAGACUUGCGUUAUGCUUGUUUUGUGUAAAAUUAAUGGUACGUUGGUGUAGGGUUGUAAAUUUGUAUACAUCAUAUAACAACUACGAAAGGGAAGAUACAAUACAGACAUAUUCAUUUCACACGACUUGCAGUGGUUGCAAGCUGCUUCUCAAAAGACACUUGAAUGGUUAGCUCUACAUAUCCCUCACAAACGAACGCGCUUCAAGGAAGGAAAACGGCAAUAAAAUAAACAUUUUUGGGGAGUAAGCUCUGAGUUCUUUCUUUUUCCCCCCUUUACUCAAGAAAGUUCUUUGAAAUAUAGAAGUUUCUAUCAACGUGUGCAAAGGUGCUAUUUGAGAGUUGGUUAAUCCAGCCUUUGACAUCCCAUGAUGGCAACCAAGGACGGUGAAAUCUUCAAAGAGAUCAACAGCCUGUACAAAAACAUCAGCCGGGUGACCACGGGGCAAGCCGUCGUGGACAGUGUGUGUUAUGAGGACGAGCACAGGAUCUACUUCAGCAUCACGCCCAACGACGGACAUUACAAGGAUGCUACCGUCAAAUUUGCGAUUCUAGCAAACAGUGAGUACCCGCAAGAGGCCCCCACUGUGCGGUGUUUGAACCGCGUCUACCACCCCAACAUCGAUCUCCCAGACGACGAUCUCGACGAGAUAGGGGGGUCUACCAUCUGUGUGAACACGCUAAGCGAGGACUGGACGCCAGCCCUGGGUCUGGACGGGGUCAUUAUGUCCGUGCUCUUCCUCUUCCACAACCCCAACGUGGAUGACGCUCUGAGCCCAGUCUUCGGGGAGGAGAUGACGGACGAGGAGUUGGCGGAGAAUGUGAGAAGAUCCAUUCGGGGGGAGGAGGUGGAGGGGGUCCAGUUUGACAGGCUGGUGGUUGGGGUUGGUGGAGAAAAGAAUGUUGGGGCUGAGGCAGGGAGCGAUGGGUCAUGCAGAGAGGGUGAUGGUGAUAGUGAGGCAGGGAGCGAUAGAACAUGCAGAGACGGUGAUAGGGACGUCAAAGUCAAAGGGGGCGUGGAGCAGAUGGCGGGGAGAAACGUGGAACCGGAAAAGGAACGACCCGAAGGAGAAGUGCGAGCUGAUGGGAACGUAAAGGAAGACACAACAGAAAGUGGUGAUAUUGAACAGAGCCCGGUGUCUAGUGGACAACAGGAGUGUAUCAUGCUGGGUUAUGGUGCAGAGGACUCUGGUUUGAAUCCCCAGUGGAACAUUCUUGGGCUGUUUCGAGAGUUUCAACAAAUGUUCUUCGCCUGUUUGGUUGGGUCCUAUCAGAGAUGGACGAACGACUGGAGGAGGUCCCGUCUUGUACAGAAACUCAUCACAGUGCUGAUGGGGUCGCUAACGCCAUGUCGAACAAUUAACGUACAACAAGAAGGUGAUCAAGAGAGGCAUUUGAUCAUUGGUGAACAACAAGGGGAUCAAAAUUGGAGAACACUGCCGAGUUGACAAAGGGCGAACCGGCAGAAAAGGAAAACAAGGGGAAUUCGACGACAAGUGAUCAUCAGGGAGUUGAUGAAGAUUAUUUGGUUGAUGUAAACACGAACUAGGAUACAUGAAAUAUAUAUAUAUACGUAAAUGACAAACAAGAAGACAAGAAAGUGAAUUAACUGUAUUUUAGGGAAGGACUUCCGAGAAAGAGACCAUGAAUCAGAGGAUAUUUAUAUCAUAGUAUACAUGUAUUUUAAUCAUGCAUAAUAAUAUGGGCCUAUACCCUGCCAGGGGUGAAAGGCAUUGAUGAAGAUGAUAAUAUGGAGAAAGGGUGUUGGGAAGGGAAAUGGUCUGGGGAAAAAAAGACGGAAGAGAGUAAUACAUGAAUGGGAAGGUGGGGGAAUUCCACACCCAGGGUAAUUCCACACCCCCACUUACAGCCCUUAGAACCAACAGAAAUCUGUUUGACGUUCAGCUUUAAUCAUUUGCUUAUGUCUACCAUAUUUUAUUUUUCAAUUCAGCUAUAAUUUCUUGUCAUGUCUGUCCGUUUAUUUUCAUUUUGGCAUGUGUGCUCAUGUGGGUGUGGAAUUGCCCCAUGAUAUUAAAUUUAUAAUUAAGUUGAAAUGGUGAUAUAGUAGAAUUCAUAUUAUGUUUUGUUUCGUAACUUAUCAGACCCAAAGUAAAACUGUUGUGGAGGAUGUGUCCUUUUUCUACACAAAUAGCUUCUACAACACUUCUUGUUUCACAAUCCAAUUGAAAAGUAUGGUGUGGAAUUCCCCCAUUUUACUAUACAUGUUAAAAAAAAACCAGGGGACUAUCGGCAGUGAGACAGCUAAUGAUUUAUUUUACAGUCAAGCAGACACAUACUGAACUGGCAAUUCAUGAACAAACAUCCAGAUCCUGAAUUUUUAUUUUAUUUGUACAUAAUAUGUAUAUAUAUAAAUGUAUAUUCCUUGUUUAAAACAUGUACACCAAAAUUCGUACAAAAUGAAAAGACUUCUGCUUCUCGUCGAUUUUGCCAUGUGCAUGCUAGACUAAUAAUAAUAAUAAUAAUGUAGAUCAUUUCUAUA